AUGACUGUAGCGUGGACAAGCGUGUAUGACCUGAUGUGUCACCAGAUCACCUUUGUUCUUGGCUUGAUUGAGGUGUCGUCUGGUAGAAUCGCAGUUGUGCGAGAAUUUCAGUGCCUUUCAAACUGUGAGUCGUCGAUUGCCUAUCUUCAGGAUGGGUGCGGUGGCUCCGAGGACGGUGCGCGAGACAACGAAAUACACUGGCUAGCAGUUGGUGAUCAAGGCGAGAAGAACGACCCGGUGUUGAGCAGGCCCGAGACGUGCAGUGUCGUGCGCUGA